AUGGACCUCACAGCAGAUAAACUGACGCAAAUCAUAAAAGAACGGCUCCAGGCCACCGAGGUGGAGGUCCAGGACAUGUCAGGCGGCUGCGGACAGGCUUUUGCGGUGAUCAUUGUCAGCGAUGUGUUCAGGGGAAAGAACAAACUAAUGAGACAUAGAAUGGUCAACGGGGCAUUAAAAGAGGAGAUUAGCAACAUCCACGCAUUCACCCAAAAGGUAUUUACGCAAGAGGAGUGGGACGAGCAAAAGAAAAUGUUUGGGGUGUGA